CUCAUCUUCAACCCCUCUGUCCAUCAAAUAACCCCGCGACGAUCACGAGUACCUACCAAUCUCCAACGACCUAUCAGCAUCACUCUCACCACCAGAAACCUUUCAUCUCAGUCACCCACCCAUGCCCUCCCAGAAAAUCACCUCCGCCCUCGCGGAGAUCGAAUCCUCCGCAAACCCCCAAAACAAACUCCAACUCUACAAUGACCUCCUCAGCGACAUCGUGGCCACCUCCACAGAACCCCAAAUCUCCCAAGACUUAAUCUACUUCCUCGACUCCGUCCUCAGCGAAGACAUCAGCAUUGUCGCCGCCCGCCCCAUCCUCGACUCCUUCAUCACCGUCCUCCGCAAACUCACCCAAGAAACCCAAAUCAGCGUCGGCCAACAUGCCGUCACCCUCCUCCAAUCUCGCUCGACCUCCGUCGAAGAACAAGAUGCCCAAAUCCGCGAGCUUCUCGCAGACGCCUACGAAGCCGAAGGCCAGUACACCGACGCCGCCAGAGCCCUUCAGGGCAUCCACAUUGAUAGUUCGCAGCGGCUGGUUUCCGACGCAGCCAAGGUGCGACUGUGGAUUCGGAUCGUGAGAUACUACCUGGAGGAGGAUGAUACGACGAGUGCGGAGGCUUUUCUGAACCGUAUUAAGAACUUGCCUAGCAAGAUUGAAGAUCACGAGUUGAAGUUGCAUUUCAAGUUAUCGCAGGCUCGGAUCCUCGAUGCUCGUCGACGGUUCCUGGAUGCGAGCCAGGAGUACUUCAAUGUUAGUCUUGCGGCAGGAGUGGAUGAAAUGGAUCGGUUGCAGGCCUUGGCGGCUGCUAUUCGGUGCGCGGUCCUCGCUCCUGCGGGCCCCCAGCGGUCGCGCAUUCUAGCCACCCUGUAUAAGGAUGAUCGGUCGACGUCCGUGGAUGAAUUUGCUAUUCUAGAGAAGAUGUUCCUUGAUCGUUUGCUGGACCCGGAGGAGGUGGCUGCGUUUGCUCAGCGGUUGGCCCCGCAUCAACUGGCGGUGACGGGCGAUGGCACCACCGUGCUGGAUAAGGCGGUCGUCGAGCAUAACCUUGUUGCAGCGAGUAAGCUCUACGAGAAUAUUACGACGGAUGCGUUGGGGGCGAUCCUGGGACUCAAAGGGAGUGGGGAGUUUACGGCGGGGGAGAAGGCGGAGGAUUAUGCGGCGAGGAUGGUCGAGCAGGGAAGAUUGAAGGGCAGUAUUGACCAGAUCGCGGGGGUCAUCUAUUUCGAUUCUGGUAAUGCUGCUACGGGCCAGCAUAUCCGGCAGUGGGAUGCUGGAGUGCAGGGUUUGGCAGAGGAUGUGGAACGAGUAGCAACUAGCAUUACGAAUACGUUUCCGGACUUUGCAGCUGGUCAGGCGGCAGUGCACUGAGAUGCAAGUUCAAUAGACAUGGAAUCGGAUAUAGCUUUUAUCGACAGCUUUUGUUUCCAAGCGUAUGGACAAUGAUAUGCACGGAUUGCAUGAUUCUUAGAUCAUGAUCGUCAGCGAUGAUCCUUUCAUCUUGCAUCUGGUUCACGCAUGCGAACUUAGACAACCCAGGUGUUGUAAGCGAGGCUGAGGAAAUAAAUGUCGAUACCCAGAAUUGACUCUAGAACCAUGGACGCACCCCCACCUGUAUACCAGGUUCCCGAGGGGCUCCACAUCGCUCCUGUGAUGUAUGAUGUACGCUGUAUGCCGUAUCCUGUAUGCAGAGCAAUCUCAUGUGCCG